AUGGCCGCGGGAACAUCAAAAAAGAAUGAAUUGUAUGGGACCACGCGAAAUUUAACCGAAGUAUACAUACUGCUUCGCGCAAAUGCACAACAAAGUAAGCUUCUCUACCAUGACGAUGCUUCUACAAUAUUCAGAUCGAAUGCUGGAGAAGAACGCAUGGCAUUAGUUGAGUUGGAAGAUGGCAGGCCAGAGCCUGAAAACUCUCAGCCGUUUUGGAUUCACACCGCAGAUGAAGUCGAGUUUGAAUUCGAGAGAAUUCGAAGACGUCUCGACGAGUUAUCCGAGGCUCAACAAAGGCAUCUUUCUCGGCCAAAUUUUGGCGAUGAAACUUUUGAAGCUGAGGAGAAAGAAAUGGAAGCGACAACCGAGCAAAUCACACAGAUGUUGACUCAUUCGCAGCGUUUGAUUCGUAUGAUCUCGAAUCAACCGACAAAAAAAGAGAAAGCCACGGAAAGAAAACUUCGUGAGAAUACGUCAAGUGCUUUGAGUUUGACUUUAAGUCAAAUCACUGAACAAUUUAGAACAAGGCAGCUGAAAUAUCUCAAUAAUAUCCAAAAUCGCUCCAAAAAUCUUGACAGUUUCCUUCUAACCGCAAGCAGUAUUGAUGAGCCGAAUUGGGCGGAUCUGGACACGGCGACCACUGCUGAGCUCACAAUGUCACAACUCGAGCAGUUUAUGGCCAAUGAUAGGGAAGUUCGCGAUCGAGAAAAAGAGAUAUUAGCUGUGAACACAUCGAUUCGUGAACUUAGUGAUUUAUUUAAAGAUCUUUCCCAAAUGAUUGUGAAUCAGGGAACAAUUUUAGACAGAAUCGAUUACAAUUGUGAGCAAACAUCUAUUCGCGUUCAGAAAGCAGUCGAUGACGUCAUUAAAGCUGAAGGACAUCAACUGACUUACAGAUGCUCAGCAACAGUUUUUCAGAUGGAUACAGAUAAGAUCAAGCUGCUGAAUAAAGCAACAAUUGCAUUUUCAUAUCUUCAUUCAAACAGUACAACACACGAAUAUCUUCUUGGGGCUAUCGCAGAACUCGUAGAUAAUUCAAGAGAUGCAAAUGCAGAAAAUCUUCACAUUGACUUCGAUAAAGAUCAUGAAUAUUUAUCAAUUCUUGAUGAUGGUUGCGGUAUGACACAGAAAGAGGCAGUUAAUGUAAUUUCAUUUGGUUUCUCUAAUAAACGAAAUAUUGCUGGAAUGAUUGGACAAUAUGGAAACGGUCUCAAAUCAGGAGCCAUGAGAAUUGCCACAGAUAUGCUUUUAUUGACAAAAAAGGAUGGCAUCCUUUCGUGUCUUCUUUUAUCUCGCACAUUUCACAAAGAGCAUGAUUUGAAAGAAGUAUUUGUGCCGAGUCCGUCAUUCAAUGCCGAAGAUCGGCACAUGUUAUGCCAAUCCGACAUGGAAAUUGAAAAACAUCGGCUCGAAAUGUCAAUUAUCUACAAAUAUUCACCAUUUAGCGAUCAGAAUACUUUGUUUGCACAAUUUGAAAAAAUUCGCGGAGAGCACGGAACGUUGAUUAUAUUGUUCAAUUUAAGGCGAUUAGUCACUGGACAACUUGAACUCGAUUUCACUUCUACAGAAGAUGAUAUUCGUCUUACUGAUCAUGUUGCUCAAAGAGAAGAAGAAUACAAUUCCCUUCGAGCAUACUUAUCAGUGUUAUAUCUGAAUCCACGAAUGAAGAUUUAUUUGCGUAAAAAGAAAAUCACGGCUACGCGUAUCACUUCGUUGCUUAUUAUGAAAUAUCGAUACCAAUAUUUGGCCAAAAACCUGAAGGCAUGUGCCACUAAAGAAUAUGAGGCAUGCAAAAUGGCCGUAAAAGAUGCAAAAGAGAGAUUGAGCAUUGCCAAAUCGGAUUAUGGAACAUUUACCAAUACAGAUCCGAAGUUGGCGAGUAAGAAUGAUCGCCUGAUGCAGAGAGUCCACAGUCAGGCUGUUGAGGAUGCGCAGAAAGCUUUGAAAGCAGCUGAAGAACGAGAAGUUCAAGCAAAAAAGGCCAUAUCGAAUCCUCAGCCAUUGUCGAUCGUGUUUGGAAUAAACAUCCACCACAGAAACCGAUAUGGAUGCAUGUUUUACAACAAUGGCCGUUUAAUUUUGGCUUACCAGAAAGGGAGCGCUCAGAAGGAGAAAAAUGACUUAAUGAUGACAUGUCUUGGUGUUGUUGGUAUUGUCGAUGUUCCUUAUUCGGUUUUAGCUCCAACACACAACAAACAAAGUUUUGAAAAUUCGAGAGAGUAUUUGUCUCUUCUGAAAGCUAUGAACGAUUUAAUGAUGAAGUAUUGGAAUGAAAUUGGAAUCGGAAGCAGUCCAUCUGCAAUCAAACAUUUUUGGAAGCAAUACGGAUAUACGAAUAGUGAUUGGACUGCCGAGCCCGCGGAUGAUCUCGAAGGAAAAAGGAAUCGCUUCAAUCGAACCAAUCAUUUUAUUCAGUGCAAUCUUUGCUUGAAAUGGCGACGUGUACCGAUGCAGAUAAAAUACAUCAGCUACGGAAUUCCGGAAGAUUGGAGCUGCGCAAAUCAUCCAAACGCGAGUAACCGUAGAUGUGAUGCUGUUGAAGAAGUCGAGCGAAUCAAAGAAGGUGGACAAAAAGCUGAGAAACAAUUGGAAAUUGCGCCUGUCGUGAAAAGAAGUCUAAGUACCAUCAAAGUUGAACAGCCGCCACCACGUAGCACAAUCGAUGUUGAAAUCGAAAAGGAAAAGGAGAGAAACGGCAAAAAGAUUGCUGAUGUGAUAGAAAUUUCAACGGCACAUCACACACCUCAGGAAACGAAUAAUAAGCCAAUUAAACGGACAUAUCCGCAUUCAACCGAUGCUGAAUCCGAAAGUGAAGAAAGUGAAAAUAAUGAGGAAGAUGACUCUGACGCUGAUGGUGGUCCAACGAAGAAGCGAGUAAAAAAAUCAAUUAAGAAAUUCUCGCCUGAAAAGAAUAGAUACGCGCCAUCGGGUUCUUCGACUCGACCAAGCAGCAGCCGAAUGGUUGGACGCGCUCCAACGUCGACGGCAGCUAGUAGGCCUCGAUACCGCGAGGAUUCAGACGACGAAAUGCCAGUUACGCGAAAAAGCGAACGUCGGUCGAACACGACAUCGAGCCGGGUCUCUGCUCCAUCGCCUCCGAGACAUGUUGCUACGCCUUCUGUUCAGAAAAAGACUGUUGUAGCCGGAAGUUCGACAAGACCUAGAUCCGAAAUACGUGUCAAACAAUCACCUUCGAGCGAGAUUACAAAUGAAAAACCGAAAGUUCCUGAAAUUCCGUUAGACAGAAGUGAGCGCGCUGAAUUGCAGAAACUUAAGGAACUCCAGAAGGAAGAUGCACGACAGAAGCGUGACAUUUUGCAACAACUGGCCAAAAAAGGUUGCAAUGAAGCUGAUAGACUUCUUCGUUUCACCGAUGAUAAAAUCCGUGAGGUUCUUAAUGUCGAAGAAUUGAUAACAAAGUUUUGGGAGGAAAAAGUAACAAAGCCUCUUCGAGCUGCCGAAACACGAAUACUGGAAAAGCGUUCUGAUUUCCGUGAUAAAUUUAUUGGGAAAUCUCUCGAAAAAGUGGUUGAAGUUGAGAAACUACCGAAGAAUCUUGAAAAUGCGUUGAUAUCUAUUGGAAAAUGGAUGAUUCCACAUUACCAGCAAGAUAUUCAACUGCCCAACAACUUCGAAGUAACACGCGAAAAUGUGGCAGAAGUGUUCAUUAAAAUUGCAAAUUUCAUUGAUGUCGACGCGAUGAACAGUCCGCUCGAAACCUGA